CCCACCAUUUUCCUACCUAUAAACAUAGAAUUCUGUGGCGUUGAUUAUACGAGUUGCGGCGUGUGACGUGUGGUAACGUGUCAAAUCACGCAUUUUAUUUAAGCGAACUGAACUGUACAAUAUAAAAUAAUCUUUUAAGGCUAAUAACGUUUCAGAUGAUCACAGACGUUCAGCUGGCUAUAUUCUGCAACAUUCUUGGAGCAACGUUAUUUUGCCUAGUCUUUCUCUUUCACUACAUAACUGCAAACUAUAACAAAUGAAGGGUUGGCAGGUUAUUCCUGUCUAAUUCAUAAGCUGAACCAUGUGUGCAUUGUGUAUCUUCGCAAUGCAUUGUACUGUUGAAGAUGUGAUCAAAUAAAAUAACAAAUUUCAUAUUAAAUAAAA